AGUUUUUCUGUCUUAUUUUUGGUUCAAAAUCCCUUUAAAUAAAAACAGAAAAUAGUAAAAGAGUGUUGAAACUUAUCUGAACUGUCUACAAGUGUUGUUUUGGUUAUUUGGGGUAUGAGACAAUUUUAGUUUGUUGAAGUUUGGUGGUGUUUUUGUCUUCUAAAACACAAGGAUACAUAGUUCAGUUCUUUGAAAUUUCUUGUUUCUAUCUUCCAUUUAUAAAGAAUAUUCCUGCAUAAAUAUUUGUAAGAGUAAUCCUUAUUAUACAGGUACUUACAUAAGUUUAUUAUACAGUGAUAGUGAGUAUUUUAAUUAGUUAAAGUUUAUUAAUUAAGAGUCGCUUUCUUCAGAUUUGGUAGUACUAUUUAUUUUUUGGAUAUAUAAAUUCCAAAACCUCAGAUAGUUUUAUGUUGCAAAAACCACUCAAGAUCCUAAUGAGGAGAGAAAUUAAAGAAAACCAUUAAUUUUUCUUGUCUUAACUUAGCUUGCUUCCUUAAUCAGAUACAUAUCCAUUAUACACAUUUCAUCUCUAGUCAAAAAUCCAGAAAACAAGAAUGAAAAGAGAGUUACAGCAGCUAUAUGGUAAUAAUAAUCAAGAAAUGCAUGGAUUUGAGAAUAUUAAUAUGGUGACAGUGGAUGAUGAUAUUCAGAGGCAACAGCAGCAGCCAACUGAUUUUGAUCCUAUGGAUGAUACAGAUAUUUGGCUCAAUAAUGGAAAUGAAGAACAACGUCAUUUUAACGUCAAUGACAAUAAUUACAUUAAUUUCUCUACUGAUUUUCCUCCUCUUCCUGAUUUUCCAUGCAUGUCCUCUUCCUCCUCAACUUCUAAUUCCCCUCCUACAGAUUCUUUAUCUUUCCACAAGAAAAUCCAAUUUGAUAACACAAUAAAUGGCGACCAAGAUUGUCUAAAUGUGAUAGAAAAUCUUGGUUACAUGGAUUUAAUUGAUGGAAAUCAUAAGUUUCUUGAUCCUAUGAACUCUUUUUCCCAAAGUGAAAAUCCAGAAAAACACCAACAACACCAACAACAACAACAACAAGGGGAAGUCCAGUUUGAAAAUGAGCAACUUUCUAUAUUUCAAGGGGAUAGUGAACUUGCACUUAUGUUCUUUGAAUGGUUAAAGCAAAUCAAAGACUACAUUUCUGCUGAAGAUAUGAGGAGUAUUAAGCUCAAACGUUCAACAAUUGAAAGCGCUUCGAAACGAUUAGGAAGUACAAAAGAAGGUAAAAAACAGUUGUUGAGACUCAUUCUUGAUUGGGUUGAACAACACAGAUUGCAAAAGAAACAAAUGAGUGAAGCUGCAGCAAAUCAAGAAAGUUUUCAGAUUUCUGCCCCAAACUCCAAUUUCCAUUAUAAUACUGUUGCGGCUGAUCCAAAUGCUUGCUUUUAUCAGUCACCUUGGAUGGCAACUGCUGCUUAUAACAUCCCUAAUUUCCCCGAUUCCGCCUCUGUAAUGGCGGGGCAGAUACCGGGGUACAUUGGUGAUCCUUACACUAACGGAUCGUUAUUUGUGCCCCCGUUUAAUCAAACAAUGAGUGGAAGUGCAAGUUCACCAGCUUCAACAGAAUAUCAACCCAUGGACUAUACUCGAUCGUGGUCGCCAUCGCAAUUUGCUGUGGCGGCUGCUUCUCAGUAUAACAAAUUUCCUGACUAUAGUGAUAGUGCUAAUAAUGUUGCUGUUGUUGAUCAGCCUCAAUCUUUAUUUGGUACGCAAUAUCCGUACCAACUUUUAGACGGGAAUGGUGAGAGAUUGGCAAGGUUGGGAUCUAAAGAGGCUAGGAAGAACAGAAUGGCAAGGCAGAGACGAUUACCGGUGCACCAUUAUCGCCACCAAGUUCAGAAUCAAAGACAAAUUAAUGACCAAAGUGUAAUGAUUGGAGAGAAUUCUGCAAUAGAUACAGGUAACAGUCCAGGAAAUUGGAUAUAUUGGCCUCCUACUGCUGCUGCUGCUUCGCCAAUGGUGAUGGUUCCACCGGCUGAUUCUCCACAAUCAUAUUCUACUGAGAGGCCAGCUCUGCGAUCACAGAACCAUCAGAAGCAUAGUUUGGCAGACAAAAGACAGGCUUGCAAAACAGAGAAGAAUCUAAAAUUUCUCCUGCAAAAAGUGCUGAAGCAGAGCGAUGUUGGCAAUCUUGGAAGAAUUGUGUUGCCGAAGAGAGAAGCAGAAACUCAUCUCCCUCAACUUGAAUCAAGAGAUGGAAUUUCAAUCGCCGUGGAAGACGUUGGAACUUCUCGCGUUUGGAACAUGAAAUAUAGAUUUUGGCCAAAUAACAAAAGCAGGAUGUACCUUCUUGAGAACACAGGCGAUUUUGUUCGAGCUAAUGGACUUCAAGAAGGCGAUUUCAUUGUAAUAUACGCGGACAUGAAGUGUGGCAAAUAUUUGAUACGAGGAGUAAAAGUGAGGCAGAGUGGACCAGAAUCAGAGGGCAAGAAACCAGCAAAGAAAAACAUUCGUAAUUUGUCAUCUACAGCUGCUAUUAGCUCUCCAGUUGCACAAGCAGUUAGAUAGUUGAUGGAGCUUAAGAGAAAUUAAUUUCAACAAGUGAGAAUCUUCUGUUCAAUCUUAUUUACAAGAUAUUACUAAUAUCAUUUUGUAAACUAGAAUUCUCUGUACAUGACCUUGACUCAUGCAAAGAGUACAUUUGUGGGGUUCCUAAUUGUUACUUAGGGGCUCAGGAUCGCCGCUCUCUAAUGUAGAGAAAUAGUAUGUAAGUUGUAAUCUUGAAUGAGUUGUAUCUCUA